AUGGAACGUCAACCGCAUGCGUUUUCGCGUUACUUGGAGUUAUCAAGUUACGAACUAUUGCAAUUGAUUUUGAAUUGGGUGUUUCCAAUGUAUAUACCAAGAAUUAUUGGUAGAGGUUGUUUAUUUCAUUUUGGACAAAGUCUAUAUCGUAAAUUUGUUGAUCUUGGUUUAAAAACACAAUACAAAGAUGACGAAAACCUUUGUGAUUGGUUCAGAUCUUUUGCAGCAUUAUCGUUAUUACCAUUAAAGCAUAUGUUAUGGGGUUUGCAGUGCCUAAUUCGUACGCGAUCAGACUAUCCAGGUAUUCAAGGAUUUAUUGAUUAUUAUAAUAAUACAUAUGGACCAUUCAGUCGAUUUCCGCCUCAUAUGUAUAACCAUUAUCGUAAUAUAACACCUCGAACAAUUAAUUAUUUGGAAGGUCGACAUUCUCGAAACCUAUACGAAACCUAUACUUACUGUUCUUGUGGUGAUUUCUUAAUUUUUUAGAAAUUAGUAUAUAUACAGCCUGUUUAUCAACUUUGUUUGUAGUAGUUUUUCCAUAUGUCUGAUUAAGACAUUUUCAAGGUCGAAACGUUAUAAUUUCAUUAAUUGAAAUAAACAAAGAGUUUUUAUAUAAUUAUUUUAACUUAUCAUGACCUUUCUUACACGACUUAAAUGCCUUUCAAGAUGGCAUCCUCAAAAGUGGUAGAGAUUCCGAACAGCGUUCACAAUACUAAGUAUAUUAUAUUGAUUAGAAAAAGAAUAUUUCAUGAGCACAUGCGUAGUAAAACAUAGUUAGUUAACACACAUCAAAAUAAAAUGAUUACAUAAUUGGACUGAUAUUCAAAAAUUAAAAACAGUUCGUGCAUGUUUCAAAUAUGCAUCAAGGGGCGUAUGCUCGUAGGCAUGUACCAUGUUCGCGAUACGAAUAUCAAUCUUUUCUUGCUUUGAACUUUGAUUACUUGUGAUUAUUCCCCCUUCCAAUUGAGUAGCAGUUAUCAUGGAAUUGUUCUCUUCGCGUUGAAGAUGUUGAGCAAGUUUGUAGAUGGAUGGAUGGUCGAUAUUCAACGUAUGCUAAAGUAAAAUGUUUUGGCUGAUAAAUGAAUCACAGGAAUUAUAAUACUUACAUUAAACGCACUAUUCCAGCUUUCAAUGGCAUUAUUUGCCCUUGGAAGGUUUGCAUGAACCCGAUCGUACACAUUCCAGAAACUGAUAGCAUAACGAGGCUGAUCACGACGUACGGUACAUGAAACAGUAGUAGCAGCAUUUGCUCGCCGUGUCGGUGCUCGUAGAGUUCCAAUGAAAUUGUUUUCAAAAUAUGAAUAAAAAUCUGAAAGGAAAUUGUAAACAAAGGCUAGCACAGGACCAAUAUCUAGUGGAUCCUUUUAAGGUGCAGGAAAUGCAAAAGGUAAACAGAAAAUUGCUUGGGUAGCAUCAUACAUAGUUGGAUAGAGCUCGGCGAGCUGAUCAAGAAUAUGUCCUUUUUAGACUUCUUCGAUCAUGUUUUGGCCGAGAAAUCUUUAAAAUACAAGUUACUUGUCAAAAAAUGAAAAUUUGACCUAUAACUUCAUAAAUUCAAUAAUUCUUCCGUUUACACUGAUCGAAAAUUUCUAAAACUCUUCUCUAAAAAAUUUCUUAUUCGGAUUGAGCAUCAAAAACUGAGUUUAUCUAUAUAUGUUUAAGCGAAUUUGGUUACCAUUCUCUUCCUCAACAAGCUCCACCAUGACCCACAAGAAGCAGAGUGAUCCUUGGAUCUCGCAAACCUAUAUAGUCUUUUGUUUCAAGAGC